UGGGUCUGUUUUUUGCGUUUCCGACUCCGAGUGCGGCCCUUCGAGAAGUUUAAUAGACAGAGAGGAGAGAUGGCGAAGGAGGAGAUCAAAGAACCAUGCAAGAAGCAAGCCUGUGACAUUCAAGCUUGCCUCACCAAGAACAAUUUCAACUCUCAGAGGUGUCAGAGAGUCAUUGAACUGCUGGAAUCAUGUUGCGAGAAAUGCGAGUAUAAGUCCACGCAUUGUGCUUCUGUAUCUGGACUUCUGAAGCAAAUCAAGAAGUAA